AUGAAGCAAGUUCCAGGAAGUCUAGUGAGGUUUUCAUAUGAACAACUAUAUGUUACAACAGAAGAUUUUAAGGAAAGAUUGGGAGGUGGAGCAUUUGGAACUGUGUUCAAAGAGGUGUUGGAAGAAGGCACUCAGAUUGCAGCGAAGCGUUUGGAUAAAUUGGGCCAAGAGAUAAAGGAAUUCUUUGCUGAAGUUGAGACAUUUGGACAUAUACACCAUGUUAAUCUUGUGAGGUUGAUUGGGUUUUGUACAAAAAAAUCUUGUAGGCUUCUAGUAUACGAGUAUAUGACUAAUGGCUCUUUGGAUAACUGGAUUUUCUGGAAUAACCAAAGACCUUGCCUUAAUUGGCAAAGGUCAGAAGAAGAUUAUACUUCACAUAGCCAAUGGGCUGGCUUACCUGGAUUAAGAAUGCCGACAGAGAAUAAUUCACCUCCAUAUAAAGCCACAAAGCAUUCUCUUGGAUGA